GAGCCCAGCGCCCCAGUGCCGUGCGCCCAGGGGGCCGGGGGCCCUGCGCAUGGGGCCGGCUCCAGCGGGGGGCCUGCAGCGGGGGCGCCCCGGCGGGGGCGGGAGAGCGCGCGGGGAGCCGGGGUGCGGAGCGCGUCCCUCCCCAUGGAGCCCUCGGGGCUGGAGCAGGAGGGCCCGGGCCAGACCCACCCGCACCACGAGCCCAUCAGCUUCGGCAUCGACCAGAUCCUGAGCGGCCCGGAGCAGGGCGGCUGCUUGGGGCCGGCCCGCCCGGCGGGGGAGCCGGACUACGCGCUCUACGGGAGCGGCUGCAGCGGCGCGUACAACCCCGCCUGCUCGCUGGGCUCCUACAGCCUCAGCCGGAGCAUGACCGUGGCCCCGGGGGGCCCCGCGGGAGGGGUGAUCCGGGUGCCGGCGCACAGACCCCUUCCCCCCGCGCCAGGGGCACCCGCCGCUCCCCCGCAGCCGGGGGUCCCCGGCCUCCCCAGCCUCCCCUUCCCCUGGAUGGAGAGCAGCAGGCGCCUCGCCAAAGACCGGCUUUCAGCUGCGCUGUCCCCGUUCGCCGUGACGCGGCGCAUCGGGCACCCCUACCAGAACCGCACCCCCCCCAAGAGGAAGAAGCCGCGCACGUCUUUCAGCCGGGUGCAGAUCUGCGAGCUGGAGAAGCGCUUCCACCGGCAGAAGUACCUGGCCUCGGCCGAGCGGGCCACCCUGGCCAAGGCCCUCAAGAUGACGGACGCCCAGGUGAAGACCUGGUUCCAGAACCGCCGCACCAAGUGGAGGAGGCAGACGGCGGAGGAGCGCGAGGCCGAGCGCCAGCAGGCCAACCGGCUGAUGUUGCACCUGCAGCAGGAGGCCUUCCAGAAGAGCCUGAGCCAGCCGCUGCCGCAGGACCCGCUCUGCAUGCACAACUCCUCCCUCUGCGCCCUGCAGAACCUGCAGCCCUGGGCCGAGGACAAGAAGGUCACGUCCGUCUCAGGGGUGGCAUCUGUGGUGUGAGGCCCCCGUGCUGCCCCCUGGAGCGGGGGGAGAGACCCGUCUGCACGUCCCCACGGAGGCUGCGGGGUGGUAGGGGCUGGGGCCGGACCCUCCAUGCCUGCUGCAGAUGCAGAUCCCUGGGGCAUGGGCUGCUGCCCCCAGGG